AUGUUGUCGAAUCUCAAAGUGGAUCGUUGUGGAAUAUCGAAUUUGACACCUAUCAUUGAUCACCUAUGCCAACCAAGUGCCUCAAUGAGAUCACUGUCACUUCCAUCGAAUCAAAUUGAAUUCGACCAAGUAGAGAGAUUGGUCUCGUCUCUUGCUGAAAUGCAAUCAUUGACGUCAUUGGAUCUCCGUUUUAAUACUUGGUGCUUGGAAGAUGAUACUGUCGACAACAAGGCCGAGCGCAUCGAAAGACUAAUGCAAACUGUUUCGCAAUGUUGGAACUUGACAGAAUUCUGUAUUCCUCUUUGCAAGAUCUUUACGAAUGCUGCAAAGAGGCAUAGCCUCACUCUCCAGCUAGCCAUCAACCGCGCUUGGAAAAGCGAACUUUGCUGCAAGAAGAAGGACAAGGCUCUGCCACAAGCGAGAAACCUUUUGCCACUGAUAGUCGCAAGAGCACUUCGAACAACCGUAGGUGCUAAGAGCGAAAAAAAUUCUCUCGAUUUGGAGGUGCUCUUUCCACUCUUGAAAGAAAGGGUCGACGACUUGGUACAUCAUUAG